AUGGGUAUCUCACGAGACUCCCGCCACAAGCGUUCGGCCACCGGUGCUAAGAGAGCUUACUAUCGCAAGAAGAGAGCUUUCGAGAAGGGUCGUCAGGCAGCUACCACCCGUAUCGGCCCCAAGCGCAUCCACACCGUCCGCGUUCGUGGUGGUAACCAGAAAUUCCGUGCCCUUCGUCUCGAAUCCGGUAACUUCUCCUGGGGCUCCGAAGGCCUCUCCCGCAAAGUCCGUGUGAUUGCUGUCUCCUACCAUCCUUCCAACAACGAACUCGUCCGUACCAACACCCUCACCAAAUCUGCCGUCGUCCAAGUCGAUGCUGCUCCAUUCCGACAAUGGUACGAGGCACACUACGGUCAAUCCCUCGGCCGACGACGCCAGCAAAAGGCCGCCGCCGACACCGAGGAUAAGAAGAGCAACAGCGUCGCCAAGAAGCAGGCUGCUCGUCUCGCCGUAAUGGGCAAGGUUGACCCUGCUCUCGAGAAGCAGUUCGAAGCCGGUCGAUUGUACGCUGUCGUUUCGUCCAGACCUGGCCAGAGUGGACGAGUGGACGGUUACAUCUUGGAAGGGGAGGAACUUGCUUUCUACCAGCGCGCUAUCCGAAAGUAA